AUGGUGGAAAUUGGAGAGCGAACGAAAGAGGCAAGAUUCAUCGCUCAGUACACCCAGUUGUUCAAGUACGGCUUCAAUUCUAUUGUCACAUAUUUGUCGGAUUUCGUUUCCGAUUGUGCUGUUGCAUAUUUGCAUUUCGCCCAGGGACGACUUUGGUCUGGCAUCUUUAUUUUGGCGCCAUGUCUAUUCUGCUCGAUUGCACUUAAUUUAGUGACUCUUGGAUUUAUGUUUGAUGAUGAGAUGAGAUCUCAGAUGAGAUCUCAGAGUGGAAGAAGCCAAAAGUCGAUUUGUCGCAAAAGCUUUCUCUUCAAAGUCUUUGCAUGCAUUUUUCAGUUAGGUCCAAUUUUGUAUUAUAUUCGAGCUUUAAUAGAAGGGGUUCGUUUUCGAAAAGAGAAAAACGCAAAAGAGGCGAGGAAACAUUUUUGCAAAAUGAUCGAAUCAGAGAGAGACGCGACUUUGUUACGCUUUUUCGAGGCGUUUCUAGAGUCGGUACCCCAACUCUUAGUUCAGGGCACAAUCUUGGCGCAAUUUUUUGCCUCAAAACCCGUUGAUGGAGAGCUGCCCAAAUGGGUUUAUGUGCAAAUCGUCUCUCUCUUAUUGUCCCUUUCAUCCGCUUGUUGGUCGAUCUCAAUUCAACACCGAAGUCUACGCCUUUGCCGGCCUGACAAAGUCAACAUGCAUCCGCAUGAAAGCGUUCUACAGUUCAUUUGGAGAGUUUUCACGGUUCUAUCUCGUUUCACCAUAUUGGUGCUUUCCUUUUUGGCAUUCGGUUUCUGGAUGAUCGGCUUCUUUGGAGUGCAUUUUGUUGUGUCACUUCUGCACAUCACAGCUUUACAGUCUGUCAAAGCCCCAUUCACCUCGAUUGAGAUGGGAUUGAUCGGUGUGAAUGCUUUCAUUCACUUAUCAACUCCAUUUAAUAUGGCUGACGGGAGAACAAGGCGACAGUACACGAUUGCGUAUUUCGUUGAAGCUGUCGAAGGGGCUAUUCUCGCUUUCCUACUCCUUCGCGAUGAUUCUUUCAAUUUCCCUUGGAAAUUCGAGUGUCUUCUCUCAUCUGGAGUUUUCUUUAUAAUUGGAAUUUCCGUGAUGUUUUUCUAUUAUGGUUGUUGUCAUCCGAAUCGACGACGACAUUUGCGAAUUGAUUGUGAUGAUGUUGAUCAAGGGAAAGCUCCAGAAAUUGUGGAUUUAUCCCAAAAUAGAGUAAAUGUUAGCGACCAAGUAGUCGAAUUUCAAGAAAUUGUUCAAAAGCCGAAAAAAUCGGAGCCAAUUUCGGCGAUUCCCGAAGCUGUAGUGAGUCCAAUGCCUCGAUCU